CGAAACCGUUAUUGUGAUUUGGGAUAAGGCAGAUAGAUAUACACACUUAACAGAUAGAAACACAGCGAGUUCAUUCCAAUGGCGACUCUGCAAUUCACAUUCACCGAUUCAGCUACUCUAUGCAGACCGUUAUCUCAAUCACCUUCUAAAUCCGUCGUUCAUUCUCGAACCCGAAGCUUCGUCGUCAAAGCUUCUUCCGAACUCUCCAGAACGAGGAGACAGUUCAUCGCGGAAACCACGGCUAUAUCGGUGUUAGUACCUUCUCAGUUGGCGAAAGCUGAAGAAACUCUUUCUGAGUGGGAAAGAGUUUAUCUACCUAUCGAUCCUGGUGUUGUGCUUCUAGAUAUCGCUUUUGUGCCUGAAGACCCUAACCAUGGUUUUCUUUUGGGGACGAGGCAAACACUUUUGGAGACUAAAGAUGGAGGAAACACUUGGGCUCCGCGAUCUAUACCAUCUGCAGAAGAUGAGGAUUUUAACUAUAGGUUUAAUUCUAUCAGCUUCAAAGGGAAAGAAGGAUGGAUAGUGGGGAAACCUGCAAUUCUGCUGUACACUUCUGAUGCUGGAGAAAGCUGGGAAAGGAUACCACUCAGUGCUGAGCUUCCAGGCGAUAUGGUAUACAUAAAGGCAACUGAUGACAAGGGUGCGGAGAUGGUGACCGAUGAAGGUGCAAUAUAUGUUACCUCAAACAGAGGAUACAAUUGGAAGGCUGCUGUUCAGGAAUCAGUGUCGGCUACGCUUAAUAGAACAGUUUCUAGUGGUAUUAGUGGUGCAAGUUAUUACACUGGAACUUUCAAUACUGUCAGUCGAUCUCCCGAUGGAAGGUAUGUUGCAGUUUCAAGUCGUGGCAACUUCUACAUGACCUGGGAGCCUGGUCAGGCGUACUGGCAGCCACAUAACAGAGCAGUCGCUAGAAGAAUCCAAAACAUGGGAUGGAGAGCUGAUGGAGGUCUGUGGCUUCUUGUCCGUGGAGGUGGUCUUUAUCUCAGCAAGGGCACAGGGAUAACUGAAGAAUUUGAGGAAGUUCCUGUUCAAAGCCGGGGGUUUGGCAUUCUUGAUGUUGGGUAUCGUUCAACGGAUGAGGCUUGGGCAGCAGGUGGGAGCGGUGUUCUCUUGAGAACUAAUAAUGGUGGCAAGUCAUGGAUUCGUGACAAAGCUGCCGACAACAUUGCUGCAAAUUUAUACACAGUAAAGUUCAUUGAUGACAAGAUGGGAUUUGUAUUGGGAAAUGAUGGAGUCUUGCUUCGCUACCUUGGAUAGAGCUUUAAUUCAACAUGGUUUGUCAACUCAAUUGCAAUUUUGUAGCAGAUUAAAUAUCCAUGCUUAGUACUAUUCAUUACGCUGAAGAGAGCUAUUGGAACAAAUCAAAAUUCCUUGAUUUCAUGCCGAAAAGUGUUGGGAGAUGUGGGAACAUUCUUCAUCACUAUGAAUAUAUUAUGUCAAUUUAACAUUGUAAUUGCCAUACUACUAUUACAUUUAAAUGCAAAGUGCUAUAUGCUAUAUAUGUUGUAAUGUAGAAGCCGAGUGCACAGUUUCAACAAUCACUAGUAACUCAUGAUUCUAAAUUAACUUCAAGACUCUUAAGUAUCA